AUGACAAAAAACAAAUUUGUUCCUCUUGUCUUGCAACCAAUAAAGAUAGAGAAUUACGCUCUUCUCAUCACAAAACUAAAAAUGAUGUCGAAUAAAUAUAGAAAUUGCUGCAAAAGCACCAAGUUCAUCGAUGAGGUGUUCUCAUUGGGUGAUCUUAACUUGAAAAAGUGUCUGCUUAAGAAAAAAACCGUGAAGGAAGAGAAUAUUGAUAUCCAAGAGAUAAUAAACGGUUAUUUUGAACAUAGCAUAAGGAUAAAAAAUGAUCGCUUGCUUAAGGAUGGUAUUAGAAGGGCGAAGACGCACGUUUCCAAUCUUGUAAAAAAAUUAAAAGAAGAGGACAAAAUGAAACAGGGGAUAUUUCACAGAAUACAGGUCAGAGACUCCAUGUUUAUUGAGGUCAAUUUUGACAAACAUGCACGUAUUGAUUUUAUGAAUCCAUUUUUAAAGUAUGCCUUCGAUUUUUUUACAAAACAUGUGGAAAUUGAGGAGUUUUACAAACGAAAGGAGCUGUUCAGCAAAGAACUGAGCUUUCUGGAGAAAAGUUACUACGACCAUGUGCAGAAGGUCCUUUUGGAAAACAAUAAGGGUAGUAACAUUGAGGAUUACGUAAAAAUAAAAUACCCGAAGGACGAAUACUUUAUUGAAUCGUAUGAGGGACGGUAUCUCUUUGCCGAGGUUUACACGUAUGUAAGAUGCGGGUUUGUUCACAAGGCCUUGGAAUUGAUCGAUACCUUCAACGUAUUCUUCGAUCAAAUGGCACCCUCGCUGAAAGAGUCGCUUGUUGCGUUCUUUAACAACAAUUACGUGAACAAACUUGAAUUUGAAAAGGCACGGAGCAUUAAGAAUGAUCGGUUUAAGUUGAUGCUUUACCAGCUCGUCUGUAAUGUAGAGGAUGUGGAGAAUCUUUUAGAAAGUUUUGAGGACUUUUUAUGGUUUAGGCUGCUGCAGGCACGCAGUGUUAGUGACAUCCUCACUCUCAAUAAAUCGCUGGAUGUCGAUGGGUGCAAGCUGCUGGUUCUCAUAUUCUGCAAGAAAUACGGUACUGCGAUGCGUGUUCUGUAUGCAGGUGAUUUUUCGAUCAUAGAGAUAUUCUACGUGAUGAGAGAGCUAUGCAAAGUUAAAAAGGAUAUUUCGCUGUAUGCCGAGAUUGUAUUUACACUAAUGAAAGGCUUUAAAUCGCUUGAUAGGAAGCUGAAACUUGUCAAUUCACUGCAUUCUUUUAGCGGGUAUGAAUCCAUCGUUGCUGAAAUGAUUGUCAAGUAUGAGGCAUACGACCUGCUAGGUCUUAAAUCCGAGAUAUGCUAUCUUGAUAAAGCAAUAGUGGACCGGGUGGCAGCAAUCCUUUACAAGAGAAAUGACCGGACCAGGCUACUUCAGUUGUACUAUCUAUUCAACGAUGAUGUGAACAUAAUCGGCAUUCUUAAUGAAUACCUCACCGAUUACAUACUCAAAAACAAAAAAGAAUUGUUCAACUACACCGAGAUAAUCACAUUCUAUUCGCAGCGAAGCAAGUCCAACGAAACAGAGAAAAUGAAAGUUUUGAAGGGACUUGCCGAUUUUAAGGACAAAAAAGAUAUUGCUGCACUUAGGAACUCAGGCAUAUUUGCAGAUGUGCAGCAGUCUUUGCUUAUGGAAAUAAAGCCUGUGAUUGAGAAGCUGGUGCCGCUGAUUGUCAGUGUGAUAGAAGAAAAGAGAGAAAGUGUCAUGGCAAAAGAGUUGUUUGAAUUGUGCAGUGCGAUAAGCCUGGGUGAGCGGUGUACAGCCUAUGUGGGUGAGAGACUGGUACUUUUAUUGUAACCAGCCGUGUGAGGUUCCCAUGAUAUGCCAGAUUAGGUGAUAUUAAAUUAAUUCCAUGUGCUU